AUGGGGAAAGAACCACUGCUUCAGAAAGUGAAGAUCCAAGAGGACAUUGAAUCUAAUAAAGGGUUUCUUGUUAGUGAUGGCGAUGGUGACGGUCCCGUCACUCUACUUUUACUCUUCACAACCUUCACUGCCCUCUGCGGCACCUUCUCCUAUGGAACUGCCGCCGGCUUUACAUCACCAGCUCAAGCUGGGAUUAUGGAAGGAUUAAACCUCUCUCUGGCCGAGUUCUCGUUCUUUGGAUCCGUAUUAACAAUUGGUGGACUUGUGGGAGCCGCGAUGUCAGGAAGACUCGCUGAUGUCUUUGGUCGAAGAGGCGUAAGUUCUUUUAUUUUUAUGUACGGUAGAAAGUAG